AUGGGUGAAUGUCGCCUUGCAGAGAAGGGUGGAUAUGAGAUAGAAUGCCACAACGACCAAGAAGAAGAGAUGGUCGUCGAUCCCAUCGAGAUUGAACCUGAAAGUCGUCAAACACCCGUGGGCAACAGUGUCGAUUGUCGCCGAGUUUUGACAGCGAUGAACAUAUUCGGAGAUCCCGAGGUGCUUCUGGUUCGAGACUUUUUGGAUGCAGCCGAGAUUCAACAUUUGAUCGACUUCGCCGAAUCUGGCUGGGAACCUUCAGAGGUGGGACAAGGAGUCUAUCGUACAAAGUACGAAGGGCAGGAUUUGGCGAACCAGGUCUCUGAGAUACGAACGUCUUACUCUUGCCUUAUAGAACCAGGGCAGAGUGAAAUCAUCACAGCGAUCGAAAAUCGGCUUGCUGCUCUCGCGGGCAUGGACAUCAAGUUCUUGGAGCCCCUCAACAUGGUCCGGUAUUUGCCGGGGCAGUAUUUCAACGAGCAUCAUGAUGGACGGUUUCGUCCGAAGACAAUCUUCCUUUAUUUGAAUGAUAUCGCACCCGGCGACGGCGGUGAGACGAUGUUUCCGGAGCUGCGGCUGAAGAUCGUGCCUCGCCGGGGCUGCGCAGUCAUGUGGAGCAAUGUGCUGGGUCCUCAACAAGAGGACAAGCGAAUGGUGCACCAGGGGCUACCACCAACAACCGGUACGAAGUACGGUGUCAACUGUUUCUUCAAUGACAAGCCUAUGCGGCGGUUCGUUUGCGAAGGCUCAGACUCUGUGCCUACGAGUCCUCGCAUCAACGGCAGUGGACCGGAGACCUUCCUGGACCCUCUGCUUCUGCAGCAGUCAGUGGAGCGUCCAGCCGAGAAUCCGCAACUCAAGCCGGGAGGACGUUGCUUUCGAAGGCUUCGAGUGUCUAAAGAGCCUGCAUUAUGGGUCGUGCCGGACCUUGUUUCUGGACGGGAAGCCAGUCUGCUUAUGGAUGUAGUCGACAAGCAGCAAGGGCGCAUUCCGCCGAACAGCCCACGUGAAAAAGGGUCGGAUGGGGAGGUGGAAGAGCUGCUCGCAGACCUGCAAGAACGCUUGCGAGCAGCUGCAGGAUCUGCAUCUCAGCUGGAGUUGCUGGAGCUUCGUCGACUUGCGCCAUCAAAACAGGCCAGUGCCGGAGCGCCGGUCAUUACCGCUCCCAGCACUCCCGCACACGCUGAAAACUUCCGGGCGGUCUACCUCUUCCUCAACGUUCAGACAUCCCAGAUGGAGGUGGUGGAGAGUUGCAUUUUCCGCAGAGCGGCUGAUAUCGUGAUGCUGAGGUCCGUGCAAGGCGUGGCUUUGCGGUCGUCUGGAACUGCGGCCAGGAAAUUGGCCAAGACCAUCUCGGUCUACCUCCGCAGACAUGUGAGCUCCGAUGCAGGUGAGGCUGCGACGCGAAAGGAAGAUGAUAUCUUUGCAGAGCCCAAGGCUGGUAGCGCAGGGCAUGCGCUUUCUGUGCCGUGGCGCAAGAUGACCAGCCAAUCAGAAGGUUUUGACAAUGGACGCGAUGCAGCCUGCCGGCAGUUUGCCGAAAUGGGCGCUGUUCACUGCAGCUGCGUGCAGCGAGAGGCCGAGUGUGACUCAGUGAGCCCAGGAGUAAUCACAGUCUACGACGACGGGUUGCCCAAUGAACGCAAGAGUUUCCAUGCUGAAGCAUUGGAGCAGUCUCCGGAAGAAUCUCGGAGAUGGGAAUCCGAUGCCACAUUGCCUGGCACAUUUUGUGCUCGCACCGAAGUGGAGCAGGCAGUGGAAGACACAGCGAAGCACAACAAGAGUGAGGCAACAGGGAAGGCAACCGAGAAACUGGAGGCUCCAGGGUCACUGACUGCCCAUGCCGACCAAGCAAGUGAAGGUACUUUUCCUGACGAGGAUCCUCCCCUGCCUCCGCCAGCCACUCCACCGCGAGGGUCUAGCAAAAGCACGACCAAGUCCUUUCAGGAAGGUUCUAAGACGCAGCGGAUGCCGACCGUUGGCCCAAGCAGCGCGCUGCCUGGUCGUCGUCACGCUGUCCAGCUUGCAGCAUCACAUUUUGUUUUAAAAACGCCCUUGCGUGGGCCCUAUCCCGAAGGGAUGCAGAAAUUUGUUUUUGCAUGUGGGUGUUUCUGGCAAGCAGAGCGGGGUGCCUGGCGACUCCCCGGCGUGUAUAGCACAUCUGCUGGCUAUGCUGCUGGAUAUACACCGAACCCUACCUACGAUGAAGUCUGCAGUGAGGGCACAGGGGCUGCCCAGGCCGUGCAAGUGGUCUUCGAUCCAGGUAUCAUCAGCUUGAUCGAUCUGCUGCGAUGGUUCUGGGAGUCACACGAUCCCAGGGCAUGCCAUGGACAUGCGUUAGCAAAUGGGCCUCGGUUCCGUAGUGGCCUGUACUAUUUCAACACGCAGCAAAAGGAGAUCAUGGAAAUUAGCCGGCAAGCGUACCAGGCGUUUCUGGAGCGUGCAGGAAACUAUUCAGGAUGCACGAUUGCAACUGAAAUCCUGGCUGCUUCCAGCUUUCACACGUUCCCGGGCGACGUUUUCUAUGUCGCUGAAGAAGAGCACCAGCAGUUUUUGGCGAAACCUGGUGGUGGGGAAGCUUUUCUAAGGAAAGCUGUGGGAGGCAGCUUGCAUCCGCUUGGUAUAUCUAUGCGAGAUUUAGGAGAUCUGGCCCUGCCGGAGAAGCACACGCCCAAACUCUCAGAGGAGUUUUGGAGGCGCGUAUGGCGGGACUUCGUUGAUUUCUGCUUCGGUCUGGCCAAGGGUGCAGCCCCCUCCCGAUCAUCUGACGGUGGCGCGGCAGACCCUGUGGAGAAGCUGUCGACAGAGAAGAAGGUGACUGACGACAAGGAGAAGGGGCCGCCGAGCAGUACUCCCCUGCCACAGACAUUCUCGGCUGCAAAGCUGAUGAUGCCACCUGUGCGGAAGAAGGUGGAGCCAGCAAGGAGGCCAUCCAUGCCAGCCUUGGAUCUUUCCAAGCUUGCGGCAGAAAAGGAGGCGCUUAUGAAACAGCGUGCAGCGGCAGAGACAAGCAGCAAGGCUGUUUCGGCUGCAUCCAGUGUAUCCAGUGUGGCGAAGCCAGUUGAAACCGAUUCUGCGGCAGCCGCUUCGACAGCUCCGCUGAGCGAGCCAAUUGUUGCAAGUUUGUUCGGAGAUCCGAAUGAGGAAUACGACCCUGCCAAACCGAAUGACUACGAUGAGUUUUGCAGAAGGAGGAUGCGCCAGAAAGCUGAAGAGGAAAUGGAAAAGCGCCGCCAAGCCGCGGCAGCCCGACAGCAGGCCAGCAAGGCACCCCAAGCAAAGGAGGAGGAUUUUGCCACGAAAAUGAUGAAGAAGAUGGGUUGGAAGGAUGGUGCUGGACUUGGAAAAGAAGGUCAGGGUAUGGUGAACCCGCUUGUCAUGCAAAAAACUGACCAAAAGACGGGUCGCAUCGUCGAGGGUGUGAAGCGCGAGGCGACGGCAGCGCCUGCAGGCCAGCCGGAGUCGAAGCAGGCCAAAGCGUCUCCGAAGCUGCCACCGACCCGCGUGCUUCUUCUGACCAACAUGGUCGGUGCUGGAGACGUGGAUGAGGACCUGCAGGAGGAGACGGCUGAGGAGGCCAGCAAGUAUGGCAAACUCAAGAAGUGUGUGAUAAAGGAGCUCAAAGGAAAACCGGAUGAUCAGGCAGUUCGCAUCUUCCUUGAAUACGAGGAUGUGGCGGCCGCCACGAAGGCUUUUACCGACAUGAAUGGGCGAUACUUCGGAGGGCGUGUCGUGAAGGCUCGCUUCUUUGAGGAGAACCUCUUCGCCCAGGCGCAGCUGUUGUGA